AUGACACGCUGGUUAUCAAUGAGCAUUAUUUUCGCCUCAAUAUGUUGUGGAUAUGCUCAGUACAAGCCAACAUGGGAAUCGCUAGACUCGAGGCCCCUCCCUUCAUGGUACGAUGAAGCCAAGUUUGGUAUUUUUAUCCACUGGGGGGUAUAUUCAGUACCAAGUUUUGGAUCCGAGUGGUUCUGGUACCGCUGGAAAGGACAGCAACGACCUGAAUACGUGGAAUUCAUGAAAAAGAACUACCCACCAAAUUUUGAAUAUGCUGACUUUGCACCAAUGUUUCAAGCUGAAUUUUUUGAUGCGGAAUUUUGGGCAGAGCUACUUUCAAAGUCAGGAGCAAGGUAAUUAGCUUUGUGAUAUUUGAAAGACUGUGCUAUUUGGAACAGUUAUAAGACUUAUAAGGUUAAAUUGGUUUACUCAGGGCCAAAGUUUAUGAUUGCCGAAGGUGCAAGCAAGCUAACGUGGCCCUGAGACUGGCAGUUUUUCAUAAAGUAAACUUAUUUCUUCAAAAAAGUCAUACUUAAAUACUACAGCCCUGGUUAAAAAUGGCUAGGUUGAACAAGUGAUGAAACAUGUAUCCAGGGUGUAAAGAAAGUCAGUUUUAUGGCUUGCCAUUCAGGCAAGUUGUUGCUAGUAUGUACCACACCAAGAGUCCUUUAAGUAGCCCCAAAAAAUUUUGGAUGAGCAGCAUUGAUUAUGCUUCUUCUGUCAUUUGAAUUUCCCAAAAAACUUCACUUGCCCUCCGGGCAAGUUAAGAACAGAAUUCACUAGCCUGAUUGCGAAUUCCACUAGCCCCGGGCUAUCGGACACGACUUUCUUUGCAUGCUGUACUGUAUCAUCAAUAAUAUUAUUGUCACUAUUUUUCUUAAUCUAGAGGCUUAAUAUUUAUAAAUGGUAUAUAUUUCCUUAUAAAUUGUGUCAGGUAUGCAGUACUGACCAGUAAACAUCAUGAAGGUUGGACAAACUGGAGGUCUAAUGUCUCAUGGAACUGGAACUCUGUUGACAAUGGACCCCACAGGGAUCUUGUGGGUAAGCAAAUGCUUUUAUAAAUCACAAUAUUUUCAGCACUGUGGCAAAUGUUUUAGGAUGUUGUAUGGUCAUUGUAUGAGGAGGGGUUUAUAAAGGACAUACUUAAUAGCUACCAUAAUCAUAUGUUACCAAAAAGAGAAUAUUUUCUUAUGAAAAAAAGGUCAAGUUCCUACUAGUAAUUUAAUUGAAAAGACCGUUUCAAAUGUGUGAAAAUGAUGCAAUAACUACAUGAUUUUGGUUAAUUACAUGUCAGUUUUAUAUGACGUCAAAGCUUAUAUCUGAAGGCCUGCUGUAUGAACUGGUCAGUAAAACAGCAUUUUUAGUCUGCCAGAAAUAUAUACAAGUUUCAUGGAGCACUUGUGCAAUACUGAUGCCCCUUCAUCCUUUCAGAGGAAUUUUCCGGAGCAAUUAGGAAAAACACCAAUAUGACUCUUGGCUUGUACCAUUCAUUGUAUGAAUGGUUUCAUCCAUUUUACCUGAAAGAUGUUGCAAACAAUUUUUCAACACAGGAUUAUGUUAAGGUGAGAGGAGACUUAUGAUCAAACUGUUUGAUAUAUCUAUAAUUUAUUAUUAAUAGUAUAACAGUUUAAAAUAUUUUUUUUAUCGUGAGAAUUACUAUAAAAUUUCAAAAAUGAGCCCCUCCAAAUACAAAUGUGAAUAAUUAUGUUAUUGCCCUCCUUAAUACCCUCUGCAUAAUGUGCCUUCUGUAAGUAUAAACUACUUAAAUUGAUGGUGCUUUCAAAGUAUAUGCUUGCUGGACUUACUUCUGGAAUUUUAAACCAUGUUACAACGUGUUCUUCCUGCAACGUGACAAUAUAUUGCAUAACAGCAUCAGAACCCAGGGGGGAGGGCACUCCCGAUAAUGGCCUGUAACAGGAGGCUCUGCCCGAAAGGGGUACCUUUUUUCAGGCUUCUGGUAUAUGAAAGGAUAGGGAUUUCUCUAAUUGAAGUAUAUCAAAGGGGAGGGAAAUCUGUCAUUUUAGUUUGUAAAAAGGCCCAAAGGGGCUAACAGAUGCAUUUUAUGCUUUGAAAAAGUCGGGAAAACAUUUUGGUUUUAUGAUUUAUUCAUAUUUCAAAGACAGUGUAUUUACCACGUUUAACAGGGAUGCGAAGUUUGUAAAUUGGGUAUGAGGUGAAAGGGAUACCAUUUGUCAAUAGAAUGUACAUGUAUAUGAAACUCAAAGGGGUACCUUUUUUGUCAAAAAUGGUAUGUAAGAGCAGUGGCUGAUCUAGGGGAGGAGCCUGGAGGGCCUGCCCCCUCCCCCUUAUUUUUCAACCAAAAGGGCUGAAAAAAAAAUUGGGGGGAGACUGCGCCCCUCCUUAUCUCAGGGUCUGGAUCCGCCACUGGUAAGAGGGUACUAUUAUAGGGGUUAGACUAUUGGGUGGAGCCUCCCCGUAUAAAACUUUUUAAAAUUGUUGAGUACUUACUUGUAUCAUAGCUAUAACAAUAAUGCAUCAACUGUUUUGUGAUGCUCACAUAUAUUAUAUGUUGAUAUUACAUCAUAUAAAUACCAGAAUGUGUUGAAACCGGAGCUGUAUCACUUGAUCAAUACAUACAAGCCUGAGUAUCUAUAUGCCGAUGGACCACAUGGACCUGAUACUUACUGGGGUAGCCAGGAGUUCUUAGCAUGGCUGUACAAUGAAAGGUAGCCUGAAUAGUGUUAAUGUGUAUUUUUUAAGAGUGCAAUUUAUAGUAAAGCUUGUGUGAAAAAAUAGCCCUGAGUUACGUGAAAGUAAAAUUAAUUUAUCGUUUAGACAGUGAAUUGUGAAGUCAAAUUCAGAAAACAAGUAACAACUUACUGUUCUAAAGUAUUUCGGAAAUGACUAUUGUGUCGUGACCAAUCACAACAAAGAUCAUGCAGGACAGGCGAUCAAGCCACGAAACCUUCACAACCUAAUGACCAUUGUCACUUAGCCUGCUUAGCGUUCUCAUGCCUGAUUGGCUAUUUUUCCCAACUUUUGUAACAAAUAACCAUCCAGAAGCAUUUUGGUGAUCACAAGUACACAGUUUUCUGAGUUUCACACAAGCCAUUCAAUUAAAAAACCUCAGACACAUAAAAGACAUAAGCCUCAAGACCAUGAUCCAGUUAAAAUUAUCAACUUGUCAAAGAAUAAGUUUUAAAAAAAACUGGCCUCUCAAAGGGUAGCUAGUGCUCCUGAGCCCACCUGGCUCAGGCUAUGUUAAAAGGUCAGCAGAUAUCUCCUUUUGACAGCUGUCAAUUGACUUUGAUAUGGAUCAAACAACAAUAGUGCAUACUGUAUUCCUCAUUGCUAAAAUUGGCAGUCUUUUUAUGUGUGGGUAUAAAGCAGGAUUAUAGCAAGGGGAUCAAGGACAGCAAUUUUGUCACCAUGUAAGUUUUCUGUCAGGGUCUCAGUGGAGUUUGGCCUGCGUCACAUGUCGCAGAUGUUAUCUAACCCGGAUUAGUAACGUCUGUGAAGCAGAGCAUAUAUCCUUGUUCUGGGCCCCAAACAGACUCAAUGAAUUACCAGAAAUGUGUUUUGAAAUUUGCUUCAACCUGAUUGGCGAAUUGACAGUGGCUUUUUUAAAAGGCCAAUCAUAGCAUGCAAUCAAAUCCUGGUACACUGGUGGGUCAGCCCUGAACAAGGGUUGCAUAACCAGAAGUUAGUUCUGUCUGUGGUGCAGGCUAUGUGGAGAAUUGAAUAUUGUUUAUACUCUUGUUUAGUCCUGUUAAAGACACCAUUGUGACAAAUGAUCGUUGGUGUGACAAUGGUUGUAAAUGUCAUCAUGGAGGCACUUUCACCUGCACAGAUAGAUAUAAUCCAGGUAAACUACUGAACUGUGUAUUUGUUAAGCUACUAGCUUACAUUACCAGGUUAUAUUUUUAAACCAUCUCUUUCAAAAUUUGGCAUAGUCCCAGACACCAGAAUUCACUCAUUAGUAUGUGAAGAAAAUGUUUUCCUUGCCCCACAGCUUAACUGGCCUUUCUGCUGGUGAUGUGUGUCAUUCUGAUUCCAAGACAACCUCGUUCCCAGGGUUCUCUCCUACCCGUCCUUAUGGAUGAUGGGUAGGAGAGAACCUUGGGAACAAGGUUGAUUCAAGAAGUCUUAAAAACACAUUGGUUUUAAAGGGACACAGUCAGCUUUUGAGCCACGCUGACCUUUGCAAUUUGAAAAGUGUUCCACCCAAAAUCAAAUAUACGAUGAAUACAUCCACUGCUUCAAUCUUGCAUAUAGUGUUUCAUUCGAUUUCGAUGUUUUAUUGAAAACCUGUUCCCGAGUAUUCUUUUAUUCAUACAUGUAUUAUAAUCACAUUUGCUUUAAAACAGUAUGAAUUGUGUAUCUUGUGAUAUGAAAAUCAGCUAAAAAAUGGUAUCUAAUGCGCAUGUGCAUCCGCGAACUCUGUUCCUUUAAGGAGAAAUGCUGAAAUUUAUUAAAAAUUGUUAAUAAUGAUGAUAAUAAUAAACUAUAAGUUUAAGGCUAGAGUUAGUUAUUGCUGUAUGUCCACUUUUCUCUUGAAUAAAGUUAUUAUAUAAAUGAAAGCACUGAGUCUGGAAGUCUAUAAGAGGACCUAAGAUGUUUCAUUUAAACCCUUCAAACCCUGUAUGAUGUCAAUAUAGAAAUUCUUCACACUGUUUUUCAAACAUUUCCUGUGGUACCAAAGAUUGACAGUUGACAACAUUUUACAGGAACACUACAAAAGCACAAAUGGGAAAAUGCCAUGACUGUUGACAAAUAUUCAUGGGGCUUCAGGCGGAACAUGAUUUUUGAGGAUGUUUUAGACAUGAAGGAACUGUUAUACCAACUGGUUUCCACCGUAAGGUUAGCAAACAUUACAGUUAUUAUAGAGUUGUCUUUAAUUGACAUUUUAAGAAUAAUUUUCGAAAUAAAUGCUAAGUAAUUUUAAUUCAUGGCAACCUCGUUCCGAGGUAGACAAGAGCCCUGGGAAUGCAAGUUUAAUUCAUGGCCAGGUUUUCCUGUUUCUACCUUUUAACUCCUUGUCAGAGAAAAAUCUAAUACACUGUUCAGCCAUGGUGAAAAUUAUUGAAUAAACAUCUAAUAAUCUGCCAAAAAAGAUAAUCCCUUAAUGUUGAUUUUUGUUGUGCUCAUUUCCAUAAAAUGGAGCAAGUUCAAGUUUUAACUGAAAUGGUGUCCAUUUUAUAUAGCUGUGGUGGAAAUAUGCUCAUGAAUGUUGGACCAACAGCAGAUGGCAGAAUUGUGCCAAUAUUCCAACAGCGACUGCUGCAGAUGGGAGAAUGGCUGUCUGUCAAUGGUGAAGCUAUUUAUAGCACCAAGCCCUGGAGAGCUCAGAAUGAUACCACCAACCAACAUGUGUGGUAAAUGCAAUAAGAUUCAUAAGCAUAAGAUUCUGGGAAACUGCCCACCUACCCCUCCCCUAAAAGAACGUUUUUCCCCAAGUAGUUGAUAAUGUCAACUGUGGCUUAGGGGAGGGGUAGGUAGGCAUUUUUUCUGAAUUUACACUUCUUCAAUAGACCUCUUUUAAACUUAAAAGUUUGUAUGUUUUGUUUUGCAAGUUAAGGUCUCAGGGGAAUUUGCCCAUUUGUCUGCGUAGGCCUAGACUUGCCCACAAGUCGAGCUCAAAAUUUUUCUCGAGCGCAAAGUGCGGGCUAGGAAUUUUUUUAUACUUUCGGUGACAAAGCGAGCGGUGGGGCCUACCUUUUGGAAGCGGAAACGAGAAGCGAAGGACUUUGAGAAAGUCUAGCGUAGGCCAUGCGUACAUAUGCACGGUAUAAGACGAAAGAGUUCACUAGAGUAUUAUCACAUGACCUACAUCAGAAAACCAAAGCAAACAAGCUAAAGAGUUAUAUUCUUAAUGAGUAUCUCAAGCUCAAAUUUUCAUAAAAAACGUUUUUCCUGGUUUUUGACAAAUAGCGUGACAAGUCCACGGUUUUUGGUUUCUGCUUUUAAACUUUCAAUUAAAUUUCUUAACACUGUGUAAAUUAAAUUUCUGCCUUUCGUUUCGUAAGCCACCCAUUUACUUUGGCCUUCCACUUAAUUAACACUUGAGAAUGUAAAUUAUAUUAAAGACUUUCCUCGAAACAUGCAUUUGGGCGACCUGUGAAUGGGUAUGAAUGUAAUGAUCAGGAUCAUGGAAAACCUCCACAAGUUUUGUGGUGACUGCAACCAUCGUUUUUAUAAGAAAUGUACCUUUUAAUAAUUACAUACGACCCAUGGCUUUGCUUGUCGUUCUUUUUAAAACCUUGUCGAUUUGCAAUUCUCCUUUAUUGUUUUUUUCUGUUAGGUACACUUCUAAACUUGAUGCAGUGUACGCAAUUCUUCUUGAGUGGCCUUUAACUGAUGAACUUACCCUCGGAGCUCCAAUCAGCACCAGUGGAACUCAAGUUACCCUGCUGGGUUAUGAAGGGGAAUUUAACUGGAAACCAGCUACUGACAAAGGCGGAAUAACAGUAACGUUCCCUGGUAUCCCUGUCAACAAGCUUCCUUGUCUGUGGGCGUGGGCCCUUAAGCUAGAAAAUGUCAAGUAG